AUGGCAUCGGAAGGCGCGGGAAUGAAGCGCCAGUUUGACGGCGGCGACGACUUUGACCCGUCCAAGCGCAAGCGCAACGCGCAGCCGACAUCGCGGGUGGUGUUUGUCUGUGGACUUCCUGCUGACUGCCUCGAGAGCGAGCUGCUGGCGCUCUGCUGCCCGUUUGCGGUGGUCGAGAAAAGCCUCAUGGUUCCCCAGAAACGGCAAGCGUUCGUGCAGCUGCCCGACGUCACGUCCGCUGUCAACCUCGUCACUUUUUACCAGACACGCGACGCGCUCAUCCGUGGCAAGAAAAUCUUCUUUGACUUCAGCAAUCGCAAUGAAAUCAUCACGCAUCAAGGAGGCGAUGCCUCCUCUUCGUACCACCACGAGCAGCAUCAGCAACGCCAUCAACAGAUCGGACCUCCGGGACUUCCAAGAGCCGCACCGUACCAGCAACCUAUGUCCAUGCAAUAUGCGCCACCACAAGACCAGCCUCCAUUCGGUCAGCGAGGCAUGAUAGCUCACGACGGCCCUCGUCGUGGCAUUGGUCCACCGAACCAGAUCCUCAUGGUGUCGGUAUCGAAGAUCGAAUACGACAUCACUGUAGACGUCUUACAGCAGGUUUUUCAGAAGUUUGGCAACGUACAGAAGAUCGUUACGUUUUGGAAAAACAAUGAGUUCAAGUCGCUUGUCCAGAUGGAGUCAGUGGACCAAGCACAAGCUGCACAAUCAGCGCUAGAUGGUCGUGACAUCUACACUGGCUGCAACCAGCUGAGCAUCGUCUUUUCGCGUCACCCUGAUCUCCACGUGCGCUACAAUGACGAUCGUUCGCGCGACUACACGAAUCCGAAUCUUCCUCCAGGCCCUGGUCGUGGCGGAGACGGCCGUGCUGAAAACGAGGGACCGCUGCCAGCUGCGCCUUUUGACGGACACGAUGCCCCACGGGAUAAUGGAUACAACAGUUCGUUUCCCCGUCGCGAUGAGUACGCUUAUCGCGAGCCUGGUCAUGCUCCCAACAUUGGACGAGGCGAUCAAUACGCUCCAGACACUCGUGAUGGCCGCGGUCCGCCAUUUCGACGUGAUGACCGCCAUCCGGAUGCCGAGAGACCUCGCGACGAUCGUGGUGGGCGCGAAUUGCCUGCCCAUUCGACGGGGCGAGCCGUCCGAGGGGACACUCGUCCAUCGCCUGCCUUGAUCUGCAGCAAUAUCGAUCACAAACUGGUGAACCCGCACCGCCUAUUCACGCUAUUCGGCUGUUUCGGAGACGUCCUUCGUAUCAAGAUCAUGUUCCGCAAGCGCGAUACGGCGUUGAUCCAGUUCGUCGACGAUGUCCAUUCAACCUCGGCUCUGGAUCACCUGGAUGGUGUCUACGUUUUCGGCAAAAAGCUGCGUGUGGACUACUCGAAGCACGCGAGUGUGUCAAUGCCCCACGCAGACGCGGACCGUUUCGAGAUCGAGAAUACGCUUGACUUUUCAGGCUCGCCACUCCAUCGCUACCGACGUCGAGGUCCUCAAGAGGCGGUCUCUCCCUGUCCGUUACUGCACAUGUCAGGCAUUCCCAUGGAGCUGCAGAACAACCAGAACGCAGUUGUGGAACUGUUCGCGCAGUACGGCUUUGUCAAGAACUUCCACUACCUGCAGAACAACCCCAGAAUGGCACUGGUUGAGAUGGGAUCUGUGGACGAAGCUAUCAUGGCACUUCUUCGUCUCGACAACAUGACAUACCCGGACUCGCACAUGCGCAUAUCCUUCUCCAGAGCCUACCAGUUUUCUGCUGGAAACGGCGACAGUGGCCCUGCUCCUCGUCUUGGUCCUAUGUCUGCCCCUGGGGCUGCUGCAGGCGGCUGGAACCAACCAAUGCAGUCGCGUCCAAGAGACCGAAGCCGCGAUCGCAGCCGCAAUCGUGACAGAGGCCCACCUGGGAUGGGAAAUCGAGACCGGUCGCCACGAGACCGAGGCCCGCUGCCACCGCAGCGAGGGCGUGACUACCCACAGCGCGACAACUCCCGUCGCCCUCCUGCGCGCUAUUGA